AUGGAAGCUAAGAACCCGCCUACUGGAAUCGCCGCGGCUGCCCAAGCGUAUCAACUCGCCAUGUCCCAACAACCAGCGGCCCAGACUGAGGCAGAGAGCACUGAUAUCUCAGCCAACCCACCCCAACCAGAGGCAGCCAAAGACGUCACCAUGGCCGACGAGUCCGUUGAGUCGCCGGCGCCUGCAUUGGUAAAAAUCUCUAACGCCCAUAGCCUGAUUCCUGCCCGCACUGGUACGCCUGUGCAGGCAAAUAUUGCUGCAGAUAGCUCGUCUCGAGCGGCGUCACAGCAUCCUGAGCCGGGGCCCGCCGCUAUGCCUGCGCAUGCCCCACCCCAUGGAGCGCCUGCGCGCCAGUAUCUGAAUGCUAAAGUCACGGCGACGUUGUUGGAAGGCAUGAAGCAGCUGGCAAAAGACAAGCCAUCUGACCCACUGAGGGUGUUGGGGGAAUUGUUACUUCGGAAAUCUAAGGAGAUUGAGGGAAACUGA